GGGGACACCUGAAAAGGAGGAAGAAAGUCGGUGCCAUUUGGCGACGUCGCCGCCAUUGUGAGCUGCCAGGGCCCGCCAGUGAAUAGUCAAAUAAAACUUUUAAAUGUGUGAAAGGCAGGCCAGAAUAGUAGCCUGGGGAUUCGAAACUCUGACCUCGGUGCAAAUAAUACUGUUUUAAAUUCAAUAUGCACGGAUUUCCAUACAUGCCGUUUUCGAUUGAUCUUAAUAGAGAAGAAACCUUAUUUCUUUAGCAGGGGAGAAGAUUUUUAGCCGUGGGGAAGAGAUAGAAAGUGAGUGUGCUUCGACUGGCGUUGAUAUAUCACAGUGGGCAUGUCUUUCAACUUUGGGACCGCCAAUGGGGCGGUUCAAUUACAGCAACUUCAGCAGAUCGUGCCUCGCAUGUUCUGCACAAGGAAUGCGGACGGACUACAGGGAGGAUCCUCGCUACCGACUGCGUCUGCUGAGGCGUAUUACGGGAGAACUUUGAAUUUGUACGAUAGUUUGUAUGAAGAUAGCAGCAGCUUGUGUAAUGAAGACGAGGAAGCCAGCGGAGCAGGGAAUCGAUAUGUGGAGAAGAAGAGGCGGCUGAGCGUAGAGCAGGUGAAAUCGCUGGAGAUGAGCUUUGAAGUGGAAAAUAAAUUGGAGUCAGAGAGGAAGAUGCGGCUGGCUGCGGAAUUAGGGCUUCAGCCGAGGCAGGUGGCGGUUUGGUUUCAGAACCGAAGAGCAAGGUGGAAGAACAAGCAGCUACAGAAAGAGUACGACCAGUUGAAGCAGCAAUUCAACGUUGUACUCUACGAAAAGGAGAAACUACGAGCCGAGGUUGCAAGGCUGAAGCAGGAGCUUCACGACGCUGGAAAAGGUCAGAAGACGGAACAACACAAGGAAAUUGAGCAGCCUACGAUUACAUCCUCCGACUGUACCGCAAUAUUAGCCACAACUCAAAACAACACAGAAGAAGAGGAAACGCAAGAUACUGUUGUCGACAACAAAGCUGAAGAAGGAAGAGAACAGAGCAUGAGUCCUGCCAGCUUCUGCAGCCACGCCGAUUCGAAUCCUACACAAAUGAACAGCGAAAAAAGCAGACAAAAAAUUCAAACUCUGAUGUACACUCAUAAUUUUUGUGAUGAUUUUUAUUACGAUGACUGUGCAAUAACAGCAGAGGAGAGCCAGUGGCUUACCUUCUGUUCACACGCCAAACCCUGAAAUAGUAGUUUACCUUGGUAUGAAUAUAGGUCACGCCCAUUUUCUCUACAAUUGUCCGUAUGUAAUUGUCGGCGUACCGAACAAGUAAUAUAGACAAAAUGUUAAUGUAUUGCGUUUUGGGGUUGCUUGUCUUUUUGCCGUACAUGUGAGUCUGUGGUCCGUUCAAGACUAAGCAACGUGUUUGUAGUCCUUAGAGUGGGACCAAUGGAAGGGGCGACUGGCCUUAUUUUUAUUAAUCAUCCAGUGCAUGCAUUCCAUUAAACAAUGAAACUGCUGAAACAUCAAAUUUCUGCUUCA